GACGUAACUUUUGUUUAUCAGUAUAUAAUCUUAAAUUGUAAAAUAAUCAACGAGAAACAUAGCUAGUGAUGCAUUUUUUUUGGUCCACGUGGUUGUUUUAGGAGUCGCAUAUUGUCCACGUCAUAACUUGAUUUCGAAGCAGUGUGCGGCAAAGCAACAACGAGCCACUUAAAACCGUUUUUUUGUUUAUAUCAGUUAAUUUGAUUUAUUUCAAAUUAUGUCUUCAAAAGGCAUUAAGGUAGACAACGACCUCAAAACAAAGGUUGACGCCUUCAGAGAGCGGAUCACGGGUGAGGCUGAAAACCUGGUCGCAGACUUUUUCCCCAAAAAGUUGCUGGAACUUGACAGCUUUCUGAAGGAGCCCAUUUUGAAUGUCGCAGACCUGAAAGAGAUCCACUCAGAGAUAAACGUCAAAGUACCAGACCCAAUCAUUCUCAACAAUAGCCAUGAUGGAGUAGAUGUGCAAAAUUCCAGAAAACGGAAAAUGGAAGAUGGACUAGAUGAUAACUGUCAAGAUGGCCCCAAGGUCUUUGUCAUGCCAGGGGGGAUGAUAAAAAGCAACGGCCAGCUGGUGGACCUGAUUGAAAGAGUCAAGCCAGAAAUAAGAACCCUCAUAGAGAAAUGCAACACGGUCAAAAUGUGGGUCCAGCUCUUAAUCCCCAGAAUAGAGGAUGGUAACAACUUUGGUGUAUCCAUCCAGGAGGAAACUGUUGCUGAGCUCAGGACUGUGGAAGGAGAGGCAGCCUCUUACCUGGACCAAAUUUCCAGGUAUUACAUCACCAGAGCGAAGCUAGUCUCAAAAAUUACAAAGUACCCUCAUGUGGAGGACUACCAGCGCACGGUGACUGAAAUAGACGAGAAGGAAUACAUCAGCCUCAAGAUCAUUGUGUCAGAGCUGAGGAAUCAAUAUGUGACAUUACAUGACAUGAUCCUGAAAAACAUAGAGAAGAUCAAGAGGCCACGAAGCAGCAACAAUGAAGCCCUCUACUGAAUACUCCAUUUCUCCGCAUCCUCUUCUCACCAACUCCUAGUAACAGCCACAUUGGCAGUAUUUAGAUAGGCAGCCCAAUUCUGAUAUUUCUUUUCACUAGUCUUUUGACCAAUCAGAUAAGCUCUGAUGUGAUUGGACAAAAGACCAAUUAAUUAGUGGAAAUAAGCUCCAAAUUGGGUUGCCUGUGUGAAUGCAGCCAUUGACUAACAGGGGCUUUGUUCUGGACUAUUAUCAUCAAUUCCCUCAAGGUGGACUUUGAAAGAACCUCCUUAGACAUGUUCUGAAACAUCCAUGUUUCCAGGACUUGUGAGAAGGUUGUACCUUGAUUAUGAAUUUUUCUCCAUGUCGACCAAUCAAGCGGGCUUGAACUGAACUCAAACAUGGCCAGCCUCCAAGGUUGGUAGGAGGUCAGAUGAAACUUUUUGUGUCCUUGUUUGUGUGUAUGUCUUGUCUGGAAACCAUCAUGGGAGUUUCACAGGUAUACUUUGUCUGUUUUAUCUUUAGUUUGUUUUUAAGGAAUUAUUUUGAGGAUUCUGAAGUGCUUGGUGGUAACUAUAAUUAGCUGUAUGUGAGAUUGAGCAUUCCCACACACUCACCUUGACAGUCUGCAUUUUAGCUGUAGUGUAGCUUGCAGUCCUGUCAGUUAUUUUUAUUUUUUACUUAAGGGACUACUCACAAGUACAUUGAAGGACUAUGGUCUGUUUACAGCACAAUAUGUAAUGUCCAUCCAUUCCCACUCUGAUCUUGGAGUUUCAAUUGUGUUAAAAGCCAGAUCUGUAAUGUUCUCAUAUCCCAGAUGCUACGUGAUGAGAGAAGUGUCUUUACUGUAUCUCUCCCUUAACAGUAAUUUUGUUUUAAGAAUAAAUAUUUUUUACUUAAUACAAAUUCUUGAGAGAAUGACAUGGUUUCUCACCUAUUGUAUAUGCUGCAACUGUUGGUGUGUCUCAAAGAGCUUGUGUAGUUGAAUUCAAGCCUUGCUGUGAAAAUGAUUAACCUCCGGAUGAGGGGGCAAAAUACUUAUUAAUAGCUAGGUUUCUAUCUAAUUUGCUAUGUAUUUUCAUACAAAUGUGAUCAAAUCUGCAUUUUAAAAACAUGUGCAUUUCCCCACCAGAGGUGUUUCCAUCAGACACUUUUUUUGUGGAUAAAAGGCUGCGUGAUGAA